AUGGCUGCUCGUGGUACCUCCGUCUCGUCGUUCGAGUCGGAGACAUUUGGAGACAGCACGCUAAGAGGCAGCAGCGAACUCAUCAAUGGACAGGAACGAGGCACGCGCACACGUCGAAGCAGUGCACGUCACCGCAGUCGUUUGUCGAGUUUCUUUGCUCCACCACAGAUUCGAAGCGAUCCAAAGGAAGCCAAGUUCCUCCUUGAGACGCUAUCCUCGAAGCAGGUAACUUGGCAAAUUCUCAACUUAUGCAGUGCAAUCGUGCUCUCCGUCACCUACACGCUAGCAAUGAGUCUGUUUGCACGCCGUUUCGAAGCGGCACUCCCGGCACUCAACCUCGUUGACCGCGUCGUCGUGUACUGCUUUUGCGUGCUCCAGCUUACUUUCACGAUCGUCUACUUUUUGCGUCUCUAUCGGUAUGGAUGGAUCCGUUGCACCUUCGAAAUGCGCAGCUGCUUCCUACAAGGUCUAUUUAUAUUCUUUACGAUGAAUAUUAUAGGCAAUAUUGCACGAACGAUAUCGGAAGCGAGCGGCACCACGAUUGCCAUUCUCUAUGUCUCCGACCUGGUCUGGCAAUGGUUCUGGAUAUUUGGUUUUUAUGGACACGCCAUGGCUAUUCUACGACUUUAUCGUGAUAUUAAGGAUCGCCACACGUUUCUAGAACGAAACCGCGUGGUAUUUGGUCUCUGUUUGAUCAUCGCCGCCGUGGAGACAGCCAUUUGCGGCUGGUCUCGAACGGCGUUAGGACUCACCUGGCCGGGCAUGUUGGUUCAGUUUGCUAUGCGUGGACACCAACAACAAGUGGCCUACUCGCUUACGUUUGCGCUCGUGGUUACCAUGCGCAUUUUCCUCGAUGGUUGGAUUGCCAUGGAGCUCUACCGCACCUUCCGAGUGCUCCAGCAGCUGCCGUAUACCUGUUGUCAUCACAAACAAAUGGGUGCUCGUUUCUACCGUGUCUUUACUGCGAUAUCCUAUAUAUUCCUGAUUGCAAACGAUACCAUCGCAGUGGGCCUGGUACCAUUACCCAGCGCGAACGCGUCCCUCGAUGGCGUACCGUUGCGGUUGCUGGGUAUUGCACGAUUCAAUGGUGGUGCCUUCGCGAUGCUCUUUACAUGGUCGGUGCUCCUGCUCUAUGUGCAUUUACCUCCGACAGUGCUGGGUGUUUGGCUGCCCUGGAUCGUUGCGCUGGCUCCGGACCCAGCUGCAUAUCAAGAAAAGCGAGCCCCACAAAGGAGCGUUUCCUCCGAGUGGGAGUUGUCCGCGCACAGCGCCAGCCAGGCGGCACCGUGGCCAGCGGACGCACUGGAUGCAGAGCGAGAGCUGCGCAAAGCAAACCUCUACUACCAGACUGAGCAGGAAGCACUGCGAAAUGGAGACAGCUGGCUCUCGCGCUCACUUGUCCUCGAGACGCAUGUUUUGAUCUUCAACAUGGCGUACCUGUCCUAUCGACCGUGGCAUGACCCGCAUAUGUAUGCAGAGAUGUUCAAUCAUUAUGGUGUGGGCGAAAUGGACCCCCUGCAAGCACGAGUCGUGCGGCAUAUCUCCAGCGCCGUUACAGAUGUACAUGUGCUCGUCAUUGACUUGGCGGAUAGGAUUGUGGUGAGCUUUCGCGGUACCAAAAGCACCAGAAAUUUACGCACAGAUAUGAAUGUCCGACGGGUUCCUCUCGAGGAGCACCUGCAUGCACGUGAAUGUCCGCAAAUACAGGAUACGUGGCGCUUGAGCGCCUGCAGCAAACACGGUCAACGCGGGUCGUUGCGGGAGUCACCGGCGAAAGCGACUGUCGACGGUACAACUCGAAUGCCUCGUACGACGAAUGCUGUAAGCACCACUGCCUUGGCUGCCGGGCGUAGCGGCACCUCGGCUGCGACUUGUUCGCAAAUACCGCCCGCAACACACAGCAAGCGCGAAAUAGAUUCGACUAGGAAGCACCAGGCAUCAGUGGAGGCCUUUGCCAAGGACGAUUCGGAUAUAGAGCGCGGUCUUGAUGAUGCCCUGUCACAGGAACUCGGUUUAGAUCCUGGAGGCCGUUUUGCACAUCGACGAUGGUGGCAGUAUAUGCUGAGCGUACGCGGGAUCCGUUCCCUGCGCUUUGGUGAUUUUCGCGCUCAGGCUGGUGACGAUUUUUCGUAUCUCAUAGGGCGACGAUUGCCUUCAAUGGUGCACGGUGGAUUUUUGCACGCCUAUUUAUCCGUGCGUGAAGAGUUAAUGGAGACGCUGAAACCGCUUGUUGCGAAGCCCUCGAGCACUGCACCAACCGCAGUGGAUGCGGCUUGCGCGCCCUUGAGCAGCACCUGCGGCGAUGCCACUUGUGGUGUCGCUACCAGCCUGGAUAGGCGCGUGCAACCAUCGAACCGCUUUCCCAAGGUGUCCAGUGCAGAUAUUCAUGGCGGUUGUGAACACGGGCAGCAGCAACAGCAGCUGAGCUUAGUGGGUAGAGAGACCGCAGCGCGGUGUCGAAGCGAAACUGCUACAGCAGCAGCAGCAGCAGCAGCAGAUGCGAGCGAAGCGCAACCGUGUAGUGCGAUGAACUCCUUGGAUAGUGCAUCUUGCAACCACAAACCGGUGAUCUUUUGCGGUCACUCUCUCGGCGGGGCCCUGGCAACCAUCGCUGCCCUCGAUAUGACGUGUUUUGAGAAUUCACAGUCGUUGCGUCUGUCAUCGGAUCUGGUGAUGAGUGUGACUUUUGGGUCGCCUCGAGUCGGGAAUCGCGCUUUCGCCGCAGCGUUCCAGCGACAUGUGCCGUUUUCAUUCCGAUGGGCAGCGGUCGGCGAUAUCGUGACGAAACUGCCUUUCUGGGGUUAUGAGCAUGUUCCGGUCAAGGUGAUGCUGGAUCCGUUGUCGGGGAGCAUUCUCAUGGAUCCCUCGAUCAUCGAGGAGUCCAUGGUGGCGUUCCGGAACUCUUUGGAUGCGCACCUGCGACCCGCAUAUAUCCAGGGGUUUGAGCGCUGGUGUCGACGCUACCACCCCCGCUGGAAUGUACAGUUCUGGGAUUUCCACGACGUGUUUGAUGACCACGCCCUAGGUGCUGCUUUGGAAAGCAUCACAUGA